GCUGCAAGAAAUUGAAGCGGAAUUUGAUAAGCAUGUUAGUAUAAAGGAUAUUACUUCCCAACAAUUGGAUAUAGAUCCUGACAGCAUCAUAUACAUAUAUAACUAUUGGAAAUUAAAGAGACGAGCCGGUCAUAAUAAACCAUUGUUAGCUCCUCGUUGUGGUGAACUGUCGAGCGCAGGAGCACGCGCUCAGGGUCAAGCGGCCGACGUAGAAAAAAUGCGUACGUUUGUGCAACUGCGACAAGAUCUGGAACGCGUACGAAAUUUGUGCUACAUGGUCGGUCGUCGCGAGAAACUCUGUCGUACUUUCCUGAGACUACGCGAACAAACCUUUCACAAGCAGGCAAUGGUGAUGGCCGGACCGCCACUAUCUCCAACGACGGCUGCCGCUAUUGUCGAGGCCAAUCACGGGCCUUCGAUAUACGAUCGUCUCUAUUCCCAUACCGAUGCCGAGGAUCACACACAUGACUUUAACACAAUACUCGCCCGAAUCAAAGUCGAGUCUCCCACGCCAGCGUCUAACGAUGAGAAGAAAGUACAACCGGACUUUAACGGUGCGUCCAAUAAGAAACCCUACUUUAAUGGUUCGGUCAGAGGGAAGAGCUUGUACGGAAGUGAUUUGUCGUCAAUGAGUAGUAGUGAGACGGACGCGGUGAAGACGGAAAGAAAAACUACUGGCAAAUGCACGAACAAGUCUAAGACUCUGAAAGUCGAGAUCGAAUCGACCUCAGAAGACGAAGGGAAUACAAUGUCGAAGAACAAAACUCCCGCCAGACGAAAAACAAAGAAGAAUGCGCCGGACAGGCCACGAGCCUGUAAAUUGCGCGAUAGCAGUGAGAGUGAUAAGUUAGACAUGGUGAAUAGAUCGCGUUCUUUGCAGCAUAUGGAACUUGGUAGUUCCGACAGCGAGAGCGACGAAUUGAGCACCAUUGAGUUGCCAUUGAGCACCAACGCCGGCUCUCGUCUCGGUCCAUCAGCAGCUUCUGCCAUAUAUUCGGAUACUGAUUCGGAUUCGCAGGAGCAUCAUUCCCACUCGGCCGUACUUAUCACAAAAGCUGCGGUGAAAGAAUUCUCAGCAGCGGAUAUAUCAAAGAAUUCGCAGAAGAACUUUACAUGUAAGGAUGCCACGAGAUCAGACUAUCAGGAUGACUCCACGAAGAACAAGGAGAACGUGAAGAACUCCAAGAAGAAGGAAUACAUACCAUCCGCUCUGAUAGUUCCGCAGCGACAAGCGGCGAAGAAGGCAUCGGAGAUCAUGCAGCGAACACAGGGUAAGAAGGAGAAUACCGCGAGCGAGCCCGUAGAGUUCGUGAAGUCGCCCGGGGAGCCUUUGAAACCGACUAAGGAGAAGCCGUCUGGCAAGAAACAGCGUGACAACAAGGCGCCAAAGGACGCCAAGAACAAUGACGUUUAUGAUUUCGAGAAGGAGUUGAGUGACGGCACGGAGUUUUUCGGUUACGUGCCGCAACGACAGGCUGCAAAGAAAGCCGCAGAGCACAUCAAGAGCGGUAUGGGCACGAAACCCGCUCCAGCGGAUCUUGAAACCGCAGACGGGAAACCAAAGAAGGAAUUGCCGGACGGCGGCAAGAGGAAAGAGAUCAAGAAGGAUGAAUCGCCCAAAAAGGAGGAGCUGCCGACGAGAAAGGAGGAGUCACUGUUGAAGGAGAGACGGGGAAAGAAACAGGUGCCUGAGAGCAGCAAUAGCGAGAGCAGCAGCAGUGAUAGCAGCAGCGGUAGCAGCUCUUCGGAGAGCAGUAGCGAUUCCGAUGUAGCUAAGAGUCCAAUGCAAAAGAUGUCGAGCACCGCUAAGGAGCCGGCUUCCUCUUCAACCACUACCAAUACCACGUCCUCCGAAAGUGAUAACGGUAAUCAGGUGAAGAACAAAACUGCGAAUAAACGGCAGACGAUGAAUAAAGUCGCAGACGAAACGGUCGAGUCUGAGAAGAGAACUGUCGCGGGGCGGAAACUCAAGAAGCUGCCCGAUAAGAAGCUUAAAACUUCCGACGGGCGGCAUGGACCCGAGUUUCAGCCGCCGCUUACUGAGAGAGAAGAAUCAGGUAGAACCGCAGUACCUAAGGAGCAGCAACAGGCUCAACAACAACAGCAGCAGCAGCACCAGCACCAGCAGUCCGGUAAGAAAGCUGAUCAAAGAGACUCAUCCAAAAGAUCAGCAUCCUUGCAAUCACAACAGCCAGCUGACCAAAGUGUGCUCGGUGGCUCUCGAAAUAAUGAUGGGCUACGAAGUGUUUCUGGGGUCAAGUCUACCAAAAAAUCAAACCAGUCUAUUAAACAGACACAACAGCAACAGUCUACUCUCAGAAGCAAAGAGGACAGCGGCGGAGCAACGUCCAGAGCGAAGUCGGAGGCGCGCAAACGAAAAUCAAGUGAGAUUACCGCAAAGGAGGACAAGGGUAACAAGGAAACGUCCCCGAUCAAGAAAGUGGAAAAGAAAUUAAUGGAAAAGAUAACGAAGGAAAUCGAGAAAGAUAACAAACAUGAUACUACUAGUAUUAAACAUGUUCCGGAUCUCGUGGAACCUCCGAAAGCGACUGAGAAUACUCCUAAAGUGGAUGACAAGAAGAUUAAGAAAACAAGUAAUAAGAAUGCAAUCAAUACGCUGGAGGAGGAGAUGAAACAGCGACGGGCGGAACGAGACAGUCCAAAGAAGUCAUCGAGGGGACUGGACAAGCUUCUUGAAAAACGCGAGCAUCUUGACAAAUUGUCGAGGAGCAGGAUUGCCAUUCAGCAGGAAAGAUGUAACGAGGAGAACAAAGACGCGAAAAUUGUGGCAUCCGUCGCAAAGGAGACUGUCAAGAGCGAGGACAUUAAGAACCACAUGAGCGAGGAAGUCGCGGUGCUAGAUAUCAUGAAAUUGGAAAAAGAAGACGUAAAGAAGAAUGUCGAGAAUACAUUGGAGAAACCUACGGACAGAAAGAAGAAGGCAGACCGGAAACUCGAGAGCGAGACGCAGGCUGCUGUCGAGAUGAUCACGGUCGAGGACAGCGUCGCUAAAGAGUCAAACGAUAAUAUUUGUUUGAGGUCGAAGAGAAGAAAGUCUGUAAAUCGUUCUAUCUUCUCGCCGCAACACGGCAGCAAGGAUCCCAGCGUGUCGGAGCUGUUCGACUUCGAUCUGACCGACGAUAUGGUGAACGAUGACGGCUUCAACUUACCGCGCGACGAAGAGCGAGGAGCGGCGCCGCUUUCGUUCUCUUUCAACAACGAUCUUUGGUUCAAGGAGGACUCGAAGGAGGACAGUGCGCGAGAGACGCUACAUCUGGUAGAGAAGCUGCGUAUGGAAUUAUCGAAGAAGUCGAAUUCUAGUCAGUUCGAGUUAGAAUCUACUCCGGCGGAAGAGGAGCUUCCGAAAAAAGAGGAGCCGUCUCUUCAUCCAGUUGAGAAACCAACGGAAGAGCAGCCGCUGCUUCAGGAGAAGGUCGACAUGCAGGAACAGCAACCAGUGGGACAUCAGCAGCAAUCAGUCGUGCAAUCGGUCGAGAUUAAGAUCAACAGCGGUUCGGAACCCCCACAGAUGUCCGAGGAUCUCACAUGCAAAAAUCAUAGUAUGGAGGACAAGAGGAAGCCUUGUUACUCGAGCAAUAGCAACAACGAGCAUUACAUGUACGGAAACGAAGAGCGCGAGACGGCGAAAGUGACGGUGGUGGAGCGCGCGAAGCUCGAUAGAGCCGAGGCGGACGAGAGAUGGGUACCGCCGAGCAUGGACAAUUUUAAUCCGAGCGACGUGCAACAUCUGAACACGCUGAUCGACAACCAGAACCACCGUUACGUCGCCGCGGCCGCCGCUCAUCAAUUCUCGAAUGAUAUCGGCGCCGUGAUUCCAGAUCCUACGGCGAAUCCAGACGCAGCUCUAGUCGCGCACCUCCAGCUCAACAUGCAGGACCAGUAUCUGCAGCUGCAACAGACGCAUCCGAUGGAGCGGGUGCAGCAGCAUCUCGAGGCGCAGCACGCCGCGGCACAGGAGCAGUCGCGUGUGCAGUCACUCGCGAUGAUGGAUCAGCAGAUGGCAGCGGCCGGUACGGGAAUACCGGCACAGAUUGUCGACGAGAUCACGCCUAUGGAGAUGGUAAAUCGUCAUCUAAUCAGCCUGCCCAACUCGGAGGACGAUCAGGGCAGCGAGAUGGACCGCGUGCUGGACAAGGAGGAUGUCUCGUCGGAUAUCAGACAGGACUACACGCAGAGCGGCUCGCCCUACAACGAGCUCAAUGGUCGACCGGACACGCGGUGGGCCGAGAGUCAGGUUUUACCCUCGCGCCGGUCUACGUCGUCGUCCAUCACAUCCGCGUCUUCCGCGGAGGAGCACGCGGCUAUUCCCCCUUACAAGAACGUACCUCCGAUAUCUUAUCCGCCGAUGGACGUGGCGCCUUACCAUUCAUACUCAGAGACGAGCUCUUACGGCGCCGGAGCUGUCUCGCUGUUUCCACCGCAAUCCUGUGCUGCCCCGUUGCCCUAUCCGUCACCGUUCCCACCGCCCUUCGGCGCUCCUUUCCCGACGUCGCAGUCUAUGCUGCCGCAUGUACCGAAGCCGCUCGAGGAGUCACUCAACAUCGGGGCGUCGCCGUGCACCGCCGCGUUUACCUCAUCGUCGCAUAACAUGGCUCUCACCGCGGCCAUGGUAUCGCCGACGAAGGUAACUACGCCGCCGCCUCCGGCGCCGCCACCACCAUCGGUGUCGCAGCAGCAACAACCACCGCAGCAGCAACAGCAGCAGGUACCACCGACACAGCCGUCUUCGGAAGCGCCGCCAUCGUCAGGGCACCCGCCGUCUUUGCUGUCGCAACCGGUUAACUCGCCUGCUGUACCGGCAUCUUUCCUCAAUACUAUCGCGGAGACGCAGGUCAACAACGAGGCUGUUGUGGAGAACAUAGCGGAAGUACUUAGCGCAGAUAACAAGAUCGCGCCGUCCGGUAAGAAGUCGCCGUCGAAACCGACGAGAACGUCCGCCAGGGUGACGUCCUUGCAGGGUAAAUCGCCUGGUAAAUCGCCGCGCCAGGAAACCACGAAAUCCGCGCCGAGCUCUCGCGGUCGCAGCAGGAGUUCCAAGGGAUCUCAGCCGAGUUACCGGGGUCGCGGUCGCGGCCGGGGACGGGGACGCGGUAGGACCAACCAGAACCCGUCGAUUACGAUGGUGCCGAUGUCAAACGCGCUGCACAACGACGACUCGAUUCAGAACAAGCUUGUCGGCACCGUGUACGACUUCGACUCGGACGACGACUCGGCGAACGAGACUAACAUCGCGGACCUGAGGACGAUGCGCGAACGCAAGAAGUCCACCGACGUGAACGAGAAGAAUCGCGCGAGCGAGCCUCUCGGCGGCAUGGCGAACGACGGUGGCAUCCAGUCCCAUCUGUCUAGUCCCACGCUGCACACCGUGAAGAAGUAUGCCGACGAUAAGAAGCUCGCGUCACCGGCGGCGCACCACGAUCAUCAGACCGCUAUAGCGAAAUCCGAGUCGAGCACCAGUCACCAGUUUGCCGACUGCAUGCCGCUGUUACCAGGUCCGGUGGAUAUGCGUACGUACAAUUCGACCGUGGACCAGGCGAGCUCGUUAGUCCACGGUCAGCCGUAUGGCAAUCAUUUGUUAGGCAGCUUCGCCGCGAGCGUAGGUGCGGACUCGAACCUGCCGGAGCUCGAUGAUUUGCUGCACGGGGACUGCUGCGUGUUGAAGAAGACCGCCGGUAAACAGCAACAGCUCGCGAGCAGCGGGUUCGAGGAGCCGUGCUCGAAACCAGGCUUCGGCGACCAGUCGACGAUAGACCCGUCGUCCGCGUCUAGCUUCGACGCCAACAAGGUUUCCCUAACCGAUUCGAGGAAUCAACUGAAGGUAAAGAUCAAAGGCCCAUUUCUUGACGCGAACUAUACGCCAUCGGUACCACCGCUGGUCCAGCAAACGCCGGUGAUAAUUCCUCCG